AUGACUAACAUCGAUGAAGUUCCCAUGGGAGAAUGGAAGAAGAAGAUGCGUGAAGACACCGGUCUGGGGCUCGUGCAACCCGCGAUUCCCACAAACGCCAAAUUUGAACUCAAAGGCCACAUACUCGCCCAACUUAAGGAGAUUCCAUUCUAUGGAAAAGAUCACGAAGACGCGUACAAGCACCUAGAAGAGGUCAGCGACAUAGCCGACUACUUUAAUUUUCCUAAUGUGGCCCGCGAUACCGUUUUGCUUCAUAUGCUUCCCGUCACGUUCAAAGGUGCUGCAAAGGAUUGGCUCAAGUCAGUUCCUCUCGGAUCCAUCACUACAUGGGCUAAGAUGAAAGAAGAAUUUAUUGACCAGUUUUGCCCACCUUCGAAGAUAGACAAGUUGAAGAAAGUUGUUGCCAACUUUGAACAACAAGCCGGAGAGUCCCUUUAUGAGGCAUGGGAGAGAUACAAGGGCCUACUAAGGAAUUGCCCACAUCAUGAUCUAAACAUUCAACAAGAAGUCUCCAUUUUCUAUGAUGGAGUCAAUGUAACAACUAGGCAGCUCCUUGACUCGCAAGGACCCAUCACAAAGAAGGCACCCCCGGUGAUCAAAGAGCUAAUUGAAGAAUUCUAUAAGCACUAUAGAGAAUACCAUAACCCAAGGAAUGAUUUGACUCGAGGGGCGGUAAAUUCCAUUACCGAUGACAUGGCAACAAUGAUGGCAAAGUUGGAAAGCAUGGACCAAAGAAUGACUAAGAUGGACCAAUCCAUCCAUGCUAUUAGGGUGGGAUGUGAAAACUGUAGAGGUCCUCACCUUACAAAAGAUUGUGAUCUUGAUGAGAAUGGGAACCGGAAGGUACAAGUGUGCUAUUCAAGUGGUAAUAGGUUUGAUGAUAAUUGGCAAAAACCGAAGAAAGAAUGGCUACCAUAUGAUGAGUACAAAAAGACAAGGGAAGAAAAAUAUAAGCAAAAAGAUAGAGGUUUUUACCAAAAGGAUGAACUGGUACAUGAAAAGAAAUCAGAUUUAGAAGACAUGCUUACAAGAUUCGUGACCGCAUCCGAGAAAAGACACAAUGAUACCGAUGCUACACUUAAAGAUCAACGAAAUAUGUUGAGAGAACACCAACUUAUGAUGAAAGAUCAACAAGCUUUUCUUAGGAAUCAGCAAGCAUCUAUUCUCAACAUAAAAAAGCAGCUGGGGAAACUUGCACAACAAGUGAAUGAGAGAAGACCGGGUGGACUUCCGAGCAAUACCGAAAGUAACCCAAAAGGUGCACAUAUAAAUGUUGUCACAACUAGGAGUGGGAAGAUUAUAACCCCUUCUGACUCCUAUUCAGCAAGAAGAUCCUAA